CGUGUUUCUAUCAGUCUCUUUAUCUCUGCGCAUCACAAAGUCCCCCGGCUCCAAGAAGCGCCUCUGACCUUCCCAUUCAGUGACAAGGUUAUAGAGGCAGAGAUACGAACUCCAGGCCAUCCGAGUUCCUGCGAUUCCUGAGACCUCCCACCGACGUAACCCCCGCACAGACCGAGAAGCUUUUGUCAAAACCCGGAGCGGAUCGCUCCAUUUGUUGCUCACCCGGAUCAGCCAAUCGCUGCACAGCUAGUGGGCGGGCCCGAGACGGCAGAAGGCGUGGUUAUUGGCCGAAUAGGCGGGGCUGUGGAGCACUCACGUGAUUAUGCGUUUUAAGUCAGGUGACUGCCGUAUAAAGAGGAAGUAGUCGUCUGUCAGUGUAAUUGUGUCGCUGUCACCCGAUUGUCUCCGGCCCCUCUGUCUCCCACUGAGCCGCUAUCAUGGCGCUGAGCGACGCAGAUGUACAGAAACAGAUCAAGCACAUGAUGGCUUUCAUUGAGCAGGAAGCCAACGAGAAGGCGGAAGAAAUAGAUGCCAAGGCAGAAGAGGAGUUUAACAUUGAGAAGGGCCGACUGGUGCAGACCCAGAGACUGAAGAUAAUGGAGUAUUAUGAGAAGAAGGAGAAACAGAUCGAGCAACAAAAGAAAAUUCAGAUGUCAAACCUGAUGAACCAAGCUCGUCUGAAGGUGCUGAAAGCUCGCGAUGAUCACAUUUCGGAAUUACUAAGUGAGGCCAGACAGAGACUCGCUCGGGUGGUGAAGGACACGGCUCGGUACCAGAUGCUGCUCGAUGGGCUCAUUCUUCAGGGUCUGUUCCAACUCCUGGAGCCCAAGGUGGUGAUCCGUUGCCGUAAGCAAGACCUCCCUCUAAUUACGGCUUCUGUGCAGAAGAGCAUCCCCACUUACAAGGCUGCGACCAAGCAAGGGGUGGAGGUGAUCAUUGAUAAAGAGAACCAUCUUACCCCCGAAAUAGCUGGAGGAGUGGAGCUUUAUAACGGUAAUGGGAAAAUCAAAGUGUCAAACACGCUGGAGAGUCGACUGGAAUUGAUCGCUCAGCAGAUGAUGCCAGAAAUCCGAGUUGCUUUGUUUGGGGCCAACACCAACCGGAAGUUCCUGGACUGAGGGUGCCGGGAGUAGUUGGACUCUCCCUUCCGCAUUCCCGGAGGUGUAACUUGAGGAAAUCCUGAACCUCUUUUUGUUUCAUUGUAUUUCAUAGUCAUUGCUCUUCCCGUGUAACAACUAGGCUUGUGUUCUUGGUUCCCGUUUCAUCUUAUGGGUCAGUAUUGGGGCGGGGUCGGCCAGCUGUAGGUGCUGAUGCUUUUUCAAGCUUUUCCUCUCAAUUCAUGUCUUUUGUAUGUGGAAUGACUGAUGCAGGAAGCACCUUCUGUCCCAUCUCUGCUCUGCCAUUAAUUAAAAUAAUAAGAGCCGUUGUACUGAACAGAGAUGUGCCAGGAGAUGCUUCCCGCAUCUCUAACUUCUCCUUCUGGGUCCUGCUGGCAGAUUCAUGAUAUUAGCAGUGUAACACUGGCUCAUUGAAGGGGAAAUUCACUUAUUUUUUAAGUAGCUGCUCCCAGAUAUCUACCUGGGCAGGUAACGUUAGGUGCUCCCCACUCUCUGUCUUAGCAACUUUUUGAAGCAUGAACUUCCCCUUAAAAUCCUGGCAACAUGUCUCUGACUCGCAGCGUUGCCUGGCUGGUCCCUAACACUAUAAAUGGUGGGCAUUGUUUACAAUAAAUCCCCAGAUCCAAAUAAUACACCGUUACCAAGUCUCAUUCAUUGAUUGGACAGAGCUGGCUAAACCACGCCCCCAUCCCGUUCACGGUUUCUCCCGCCUGCCGCUGACUGUAACCAGCAUGGCUGCUCCUGGUUUUCAUUGUUCUGUAUAUGUGACUCUCCAGUAAAACCAUCAGCCUUGUUAUUCAAUGUCCAAUGUGAUGUUUAUUUAUUACAAUAAAGUUGUGUGGUCCCUCC